UUAUCCAGAGAGAGUGGAAUUUAUCAAUCUCUCCACAAAAUUAACAGAAACAGUCCACAAUCAAUGCCUUCCUCCGCUACCUCCGCUCUCCUCCUCCUCCUCCUCGCCGCCUCCGCCGCGGCGGAACCUCCGACACCUGCGCCGUGGCCGCUCCAAUUCCACUCCAUCCUAUACGUCAACUACAGCGGAUCUCUCAGCCUCAUCAACCUCUGGUACGACUGCCCCAACGGCCGCAACUUCAACAUCAUACAAGACCAGCUCGGCUCGAUUUUGUACGAUCUCGAGUGGAACAACGGCACCUCCUUCUACUACUCUCUCGAUUCCGCCAAAACGUGCAGCUCCGCGCAGCUCGAUGUCGGUAUUCUCCGCCCCGAUUGGCUCCACGGCGCCGAAUACCUAGGCCAGGAGAGCGUCGACGGAUUUCUCUGCAAUGUGUGGCAGAAGCUUCGUUUCAUUUGGUAUUACGAGGACGUCGUCACCAAGCGCCCUGUUCAUUGGGAGUUCUACACUGGAAGAUCAAUCCAUGUAAUGACUUUUGACGUGGGAGCUGUUCUUGAAGACGAGAAGUGGCAGGCCCCUGUAUAUUGUUUCGAGAAGAAAGAAACUCAAACUGAUCGUAGAUCUGAGUACAGACUCAAUGUUGGUUAUUUUGAACCGCAACUUAAAGGGAUUCUAGGAGGGUCAAUGCAGCUCUAGAUGUAAUCUUGCUCAUAAUACUUAACUAUCUACUUUGUCCUCUUUUCUGAUUCUGAUAUACUGCGAAUAACUAGCGAGUUGUGGUGCCUACCGCCCUUGUGCAUUCUCCAUUUUCCAUGACUGAAGAAAGAUUGAGUUAUAUAUCAUCUAAUUUACUUGAA